AUCCUUUUUGGCUUUAAGGAAAGUCAAGAGCACACCAAACACUUGAUGAAAGGUACUCUAAAAGUCCUUUUCUCCAGGGACCACUAGGCAUGCUGACCAUCUUUGCCAGAACAUAUCAUUAUAGAGAACCCCUUUAAUCCUAAACCUUCAAGUAGACUACUCAUAGAAAUCCAUGUUCAUCUGCAUUGUUUGGGAAACUGAAGUCUGGGUUAGUCGUGUUAGGUUUGUUAAGAAUUCACAAUAUGAGCUGGUUUUUCAUCUCGGUUUUCUUCGUCUUUCUUUUCUGCUCAUGUAGCAACUCUAGCACUACUGACCCUUUAGAUGUGUUUACUAGAGAUGUGGCCCUGAAAACUCUUGCGCAGCACCGGCCUCACACCGGUGCUGUAUACAGGGUUCUCCUCCCUGCUAACCUAUCCAGCAUGGAAGUGUUUGUUGAAGGGAUUCGAAGCAGGAGGCUGUGGAACAGAGGUGCUGAAAAGCUCGGCUGUUUUCAUAUCCCAUCAAGAACCAAGCCAAUGCCUCAUGUGAAGAGACUGGCUUUGGUGUAUCAAGACUUGGGGAAUCUGUCAUCUCAGUUCUACCGUCUUCCAGGUUACUCAUUUCUCACCUCUGUUGUUGGUUUUCUCGUUUAUGAUGCAACACAUACAAGUUUGAAAAGUGCUCAAAUUGUUGGUCUAAACACAAUGGGGAAGUCGAUAUUGAUUCAGUUCCCAAAUCUGACAUCGGAAGAACGGUUGAACUCCAAUGCAAAAUGCGCGUCAUUUGCUGCCAGUGGGACGGUUUACCUCAGUGACAUGAUAUAUCCUGGUAUAUGUAACACCACGGGUCAUGGUCAUUUUUCAAUUGUUGUUCCAGUGAAGAAAAAACCACUAAUCCUGCGGUAUUCAUGGGUAGUUGCGAUUGUCCUUGGAGUUCUUGCAGCUAUUUUGGGGUGUUAUCUUGGGAUGGUGUGUAUGAGACAUCGGAAGAGGAAGAAGUUUCAAGAUAUGGAAGAACAGGCUGACGACGAUUCAGUUCUUGAAAAUAGGUGGGUUCGUGGUAGCAAAAUGCCUUCUGGUGGAGUUACAAGAACUCAGCCAGUUUCUGAGAAUGGUUUCCAACACCUAGCUUCACCUGAUCACUUCAUCUGAAGAUAGAAUUAAAGCCAGUUCCGAGGUAGAUGGCAUGUAGCCAGAGGUGUACUAAAUAAAAAAGUGUGUUUUUGGUGGUUUACAUUGGACCGAAAGCCGAAAAAUAAUAUUGUAAAACUAACAGAAUGCGAUGUAUUAAACUCUUCAUAAGAGAUCAGCGUCAGUUUGAGAAUGAAGGAUAAACUGUUCAAUUAACUUUUGAUAUUAACAAAAGUAAUAGUUCUUAAUCAAAUUACAGCGUUUUAUAAACUUCAUUAACUUCGGCAUUGUGUAUGUAGAAUAAACUUUCAAAAUCUCUAAAGCUGGCAGACUGAAAGCUCAGAUUACU